GCUUCAUAUUUGAAUAGUCUGGGUCCAUCUCUCCAUCAAGACCCAUCCUAUACUUGUUCGAGACAGACAUACAUACACACGCAUAACACAUCUGCACCGAUCAGAUCUUGACCAUCCGAAUGCCAAUUGAUUGAAUUGGUCAAUUGAGGAUAAGGAUCCCGAUACAGACUCCGCAGAAAUGGAGCGAUACCCCACACCUCCCUCCACGAGUUCUCCCCAACACGGAUAUCACGAUGGUCAUAACUUAGGAGGGGCACGAAGCGACGGUCCAGCUCCAUAUGGGUUCCGCAACGAUCACAACGAUCAAAAAUCCACCAUCUAUUCCUCCUUCACAAACGCAUCCACGGUCGUUCCCGCCUCGACAGAAGCAUGGGCGUCCGGUUACCCAGCUCCGAGUGCCAACAAACCCGUCGACAAACACCCCCAAGAUUUCUUCGGCAUCACAUCUCAAGACCCAUCUUACAAUCAGCCCAAUCCCAUUCCCUUCGGCGGCCCUCCACCAAUUGGAAAAAGUUACAGUUAUGACAAUAGCCACGUAGCCCAUCGCCCCGCCCAAGAAACCUACUGGCAAACAACAUCCGACCCCUCUUCUCCCACCCAAAUUCCUCAAACCCACCCGUACCCCGAAACCUACGACCCCUCUCACCCAAGUCGUCCGGGCCCCCCUCCCCGCCGCUCCAGCUCUCCCAUCCCCAACACCCUCCCCUCCACAACCAGCACAAACCCCUACUACAACCCCCCCUCCCAAACCUCCCAACCCUAUGCCCAAGCCCAACCUCAGCCCAUCCGCCGCCGUUCCUCUCCCAUCCCCGGUCGCAUCUCCUCUCCGCUCAAAAGACCCCUUUCUCCCUACUCUCUCUCUCGACCCAAACCUCGUCCUGGUUUCGUAAGACGCGUCGCCUCGCGCUUCACUUCCUGGAUCCGCUCUCUCUUUUCCUGGAUGCGAGCACAUCCUAUCAAGACCGGACUAUUAUCCUUCAUCCCCAUUUUACUCGGGACUGGUCUUGUAAAGACCGUGAAAGGAGUGAAACACUUUCUUGGAAAUCGGGCCUCGAAAAGAAAGGAAAAGAAACACGAGCACAAACUUGAGAAGGAGGCAAAGAAACUGGAAAAGAAAUGGCACGAGGAUAUAUUUGGGGACUUCAAGGGGUUUGCCGGGACUAAGGGGGGGCCACUGAAUGGGAUUUUGAAAAUUGUUCAUUUGUUGGUGUAAGUCAUUUUUCUAUGCUCUCUCACCUUACGUGCUCUAUUUCCCUUUCUUACUUGUUCUUUCUGAUCUCCUCCUCUAAAAAUACCAUGGCCAUGUUCUUGAAUCCAUGGACCUCGAAGAGUCAACAUCAGAUGACUCCUCUUUUCCUCGUAUUCUUCCAACUAUUACGCCGAUCUAUACCCUCCACAACCAUUUUCUCCCUUAUCUCUUCUCCCCGUCUCAAAAUCUAACUCCACACAGAAACCACUACUGCAGACUCACACCCUCCAACUUCCCCCGCGCGGCUUCUAUCCUUCUUGAACUCUAUUUCCUUGACAUGAAGAACCUCUAGGCUGCUUCCAUCAUCUCGGGAAUUACCCGUUUUUCUCUCUUGUCGUCCUUUCCUUGAUAUCAUCUUAUUUUCCCAUUUUAACCACCAAAGUGUAAACCCUUUCCAAAACCCAUCAUAUCUCAUCAUAUUUCCUUUUUUCCCUUGAUCUAUUUACGACCUAACGCAUGAUACGUAACGCAUAACGCAGAAACGACGCAUAAAGCAUGAACGAAGCAUGAAGGAAUUAGACGGCAGCCUAGGUAUAUAAUAUCAUAACCUCAAAACUUCAAACAAGAACUUGCCGCUCGCGGCUUAAUGAUAAAAUAAAAUGA